AAAAAAGAAAAAAUUUGUAAAAAUGCAGACAGGUACAUUUUUGUUACCAAUCAGCGAAGAAACAGCUUGACAGAUUAAAAAUAAAAAAGUUGUAUAAUGCAGCCUAGACAUAAGAAGAAAGCAAGACUGGUGACCCACAGAAGUAAUCAUGUUGACAGAUGUCUCUGGAAAUAACAUAAAAGGUUUGGAUGGAUUCUACAAUGAAUUGCGUAGAAAAUAUCCGAACACUUUCAAUCUUGCCACUGACCUGGGAAAAGGAGACAAAGCGAUACAAAGGCUCCCACAACUUGACAAUGCAGGAUCCCACACAUCAGUUGGGGUUCCACCAAAAUUUCCAAAUCCACUUCCUCCUCAAAGAUGGUCUCCUGAUAGCUUCCUCUACAAAGUACAGUCUCAGAAAACUAAAUUUGGACAAAGACAAGAAGAAGAAACGUCUCAUUCCAAUGGUUUAUCAGUCAUUAUUCAAGAUAAAACUGUUUCUGUUCCAUCAUGGAGAAGAAGAGAUUACGUGGGAAUCCACAGUCAAGGCUCUUUUCGACUUCCCAGUCUCAGGAGUCAAGUUGAACAAAAUAAAGUGGAACUGAAGAGUAGACUUAACACCACAAAAAGUGAGAAUGAGCCAAAGAGUGACCACCAAAGUACAUCAUCCAGGCUAAAUGGUAUUGCCAAAGCAGAAUCCUCCGUUUCAACCAAGAACAUUUCCGACAAAGACAUCCUUCAAAGUCAACCGAGACCCUCUCCAGUUAAGUCAGAUCCUUUGGGAACUAUCAUGAAAGAACUUCUACCCAACAAACCAGGCAGAAUAAUAAAUGAUCAACCUAGAACUAACAGGAACACUUAUCACAAUAAUGUUGGCUCUAUGUCAGACAGUGACUCUGGCAAGUCUGCAUGUGCACCACUUAAAAUAUUCAGACCAAAAUCAAGGAGUCCUCAUGGUCCUCCAGCCUCAAGUGAUAUUAUCAAGAAGUUCUCAGCCAAACCCAAGUCGACACAUGGACCAGUGAGAGCUAACCAUGGGGUUACUUCUGAAACACAAGUCCUCACUGCUAAGUGUGUGAAAGAAAUGGAACCUGGAAAUAUUUUAGAAAAGAUUUAUCUGGGCGAGUCAAGGAAAAGUGAAUCAGUCCGCUCCAAAGAGAAUAUACAGCCAAAGUUAGCUGCUCCUCGGGUGCGCUUUGAAGAUGAAUCUGAACAAGAAGCAGAGACUCGUUACAAGGAAAGAUGUCUUCUGGAAAAGAAAGAACCCUCCAGAAAUGAAAUGAAAGAUGUAGAGAGUUAUCCGAUGUAUGUGCAAGAAAGAGUUAAGAAAGCAGACUUUAGUCAAAUUACUUCUAGAUCUCCACAAUAUGAAAAACAACAGAUAAUGGGGAAUCAAACAGUAAAUGUACCUUACAGACGUCAACCAUUCCCACCGAGUGUAGCCAAGAAAGUUUUAAUUGACAUUCCAACAAGUGGUCAUCCCAUUAAGCGAUCACUCCGAGUUGAGGUGUCUCCACCUGGAAAAAGUAUGAUGGAUAAACCAAUGUCUCCAAGAUCUCAUAAAGAGACAGCUUCCCUUGAAGGAAUCACCAUGUGUUUUUCCAGCACUGAUGGACAAUGGAAGGGACAGGAAGAGAUGGUCUACAGGAAAUCCAUAGAGGAAAACAGAAUCCAUAGGAGCACCUCAUCAAUGGAAACCAUAGAGAGUGGAAUAACUGAGGUUUCUUUAGAAUCCAACAAAAAGAGGAUGGAAUGGGGUGGUUCUGGAUCUUCAAUAAGCAGUGGGAUGCCAGAACUCUCUUCUGUUGAAAACCAUGAUACCAAACUGGUUCACCAAGCACGGGGAGUUCACCUAUCCAAAAAUCUGCAGAAAGGUGCUGGAGAAAUGUCUUUUUACAGCAAGAUGAAGAAGAGCUUACAUGUCAGAAUGAGGUUGAACUCUGAUACCAAAAAGUUGAGCGGAAGUAGCCAAUCAGAAGGCAGUGAUUUUCUGGAACUCGGCUCUCAACACAGCAGUCUUCUAGAAUCGGAUCUGGAGCUGCAUCAUUCUUCAAAGGAUAGCAGAGCGUCACGAUUCACACCAACCAGUCCUGUUUUAAUGAAAGAAAAAAUGCCGGAUAAUACAACCAAGCAGAAGAAGAAAAUGGAAAUAACCUCGAGGGCUGGCACAGAAAGUGCAGACCCACCAUCCCCAGCUAAGACAGUCACCUAUAAUUUCUCAGAGCUGCCCGCCCCUGGUCAAACCCCCACUCACCACCCUGAAAUGCGAGACAAUAAGGUGGUUGGCUAUUGGAGAGAAUAA